AUGCGAGCCAUCCUGCUGACUUUGGCCGUUGUGGCCCCAGUUUCGGCUAUCUUCUUCGGCGGCGGCCAAAGCUGUGGAUGCUCAAGCUGCUGCUCGGCCCCCACCACCACAACCAGGUAAGCCUCACACACUACUUUUUAGUUUAUUUUUUAAAAUUUUCUUUAAAAUUUAAAAAAAAAGUACACCACUGAAAGACUAAAAUAUGUAUGGACAGUUCUAACUGCUAUGAAUCUCUUUCAGUAUGUGCUCCUCAACCAUCAUGUGGAUGUGGAGGAGGUGGUGCUCCAGCCGCCUAUGCUCAACCAGUAUCUGCUCCAUGCCGCCCACGUUACAUCAUCGUACGCCCUGUUGAAUCCGGAGGAUACGAAUCUGGACCAGUUGGAGGCGGUUACAAUCAAGGACCAAUUGGAGGUGGUGGUUACGUUCAGGCUCCAAUUGCUGGACCAAGCUUCUCCGCCCCAAUCCAAGGCCCCAGCUACUCGGCUGGACCAGUUGCCGGCCCAAGCUACGCCGCUUCUGCCCCAGUCGCUGGACCAAGCUACUCGGCCCCAGUCGCCGGGCCCAGCUACUCGGCCCCAGCUCAAGUAGCCGCUCCAGUCGCUUCGUACGCAUCCGGAGGUGGUGAAGGAGCCGUCGCUGCCUCAGCCGCCGCCUACGCUUCCAAGACUGUGAACGCCGAAGGAAAGUGCUCCAACAAGGAAUUGAGAAAGAUUCUGGAGAAGGAGAUCGUCCCGGGAGAUGCCAACGAGUCCAAGCGCGCCGUCUACCGCGUCGCCAACCAACAAUUCAGCGACGCCAACAGCGAGAAGGGCAUCGACGUCAUCUGUGCUCCAGCCUUGAUCAGCUACAGAGUCGCUACUGACUUCUACUGCGAAUACACCAAAGAAGACAUCACUUGCUUCGCCUUCCAACAAGCCUAA